GGCCUCGGGUGGUUUUACCCAACCGCUCGCCCCUUACAUAAGCCGGGAGCCGGUCCGCCCCCCAUUCCCACCGCCGUUCCCCCUUCCCCCUCCCGGGAGCCGCCCCCCUGCUGCAGAGCUGUGACACGCCCCCUCUCCAUCCCUCCCUCCCUUCCGUCGCCGUCCCCUCCCAGGAAGAAGCCGGAGUCGGCAGCGCCGCGGGCCCAGCAUGGAGUAGGGCGGCCCGGGGCCGGCGGCGCCGCGCGGGCAUGGAGCUGGGCCCGGGGCCCUGCGCGCUGCCGGCCGGGGCCAGGCCGGCGGCGGCGGCGGGGGGGCCCUGCACCGAGAUGCUGCAGGUGGCGGAGGAGGCCUUCCGCGGCGGCAACUUCGAGCUGGCGGCCGAGAUCUACGGCUCGGAGCUGGCGGGGCUGCCGCAGCCCGAGCGGGGCCUGUGCCUCCGCCGCGCCGACGCGCUGGCCAGGGCCGGCCGCAUGGCCGAGGCGCUGGACGCCUACGGCGCGGCGGCACGGCUGGCCCGGCUGCGGCCCGAGGAGCUGCGGGAGCUGGCGGAGAGCGUCGCCCUCAGCAUCCGCGACAAGGAGCUGCGCCUCCCGCCCUGGGGGAGCGGCGCGGCCGGCGGCGGCGGGGCGGAGGGCGAGGGGCUGGGCGAUCCGGCGUGCUGCCGCCCGCCCGAGCUCUUCGCCUGCCCGCUGUGCCGGCGGCUGCUGUGCGAGCCGGUGACCCUGCACUGCGGGCACACCCACUGCCGCCGCUGCGCCGAGCCUGGCGACUGCGGCCGCUGCCACCGCCCGCGCCGCCCCGCCGAGCCGACCCCUGCCGCCGCCGCCCCGCCGGCCGCCGGCCGCCCGCGGGUCAACGUGGUGCUGGGCAACCUGCUGCACAAGUGGUUCGGCGCCGAGAGCCGGGCGCGGCGGCUCCGCGCCGAGGGCGACGCGCUGCGGGAGCGCCAGGAGCUGCCGGCCGCCCUGGAGAAGUACAACCAGGCCCUAGAGAUGGCUCCUUGCAAGUGUUCAUUAAUAGCACAGCGGGCAGAACUCUGUACGUUGAUGAAAAACUACCAGCAAGCUCUUCACGACGCGGACAUCCUCUGCCGAAACAAGCCCCACUGGCCUGCGGGCCAUUAUGUGAAAGCAAAAGCUCUUUCUGGAUUGGAAAGGACUGAGGAAGCAUUGAAGGAGUUUCUUUAUUGUGUUGCCUUAAAUCCUGAAUGGAGCUCAAUGAAGAAAGAAGCCCAAAAGAUAAUGUGUGAGAUGUUUUUCCCAGCCUUUGAAAAUGUGCAUGAUAGUCUAACAGCACCUUUCUCUAGUCGAACAUCCCAUACAAGAUUGAAACCUGCGUUUCUGAGUAGCAUAAACACACAGUCAGCUGUGGAAGAUAACUCUGUUGCUGGGUCCUCAAAGGAUACUAUGUUCAGGUUAACAAAAACCCCGUCCCAAGAAUCCGAUGUAUUCAGAAGCACUGAUUCUUCUGUUACGCAUCAUGUUCUGGAUCUCUACUUUGAAGACAACAAGAAGUCUUUGGGAGCUAUUCUCUCCAGUUUACCUGAGGUUGGCUUAAAAAGAAAGCUGUCCAGUGACAUGAGGGAUUUGCAGAGCUUGGAUGUCUCCAAUAAGAUUCUUAAAAAAGAUGGAGAUGUUUUACCUGAAAACACCACUGACACUUCAAGUGAAAUACCAACAACUCUGGUGGAUGCGUCAGACUUUGAGUGUUCCCUCUGCAUGAGGUUGUUCUACGAACCUGUUACCACACCCUGUGGACACACCUUUUGCCUGAAAUGCCUUGAGCGUUGCCUUGACCAUAAUCCACUUUGCCCGCUCUGCAAGGAAAAGCUGUCAGAAUUUCUGGCAAGCAGAACUUACAAGAAGACCGUCCUUACAGAAGAGCUGAUAGUCCGUUACUUGCCAGAGGAAUUAUCUGAGAGGAAGAAAGUUUAUGAGGAAGAAAUGAAGGAAUUGUCAAAUUUGAAUAAAGAUGUUCCCAUCUUCGUAUGUACCAUGGCCUUUCCUACCAUCCCUUGUCCACUCCAUGUCUUUGAACCUCGUUAUCGCCUAAUGAUAAGAAGAUGCAUGGAAACUGGUACCAAGCAGUUUGGCAUGUGCUUAGCUGAUGAAUUAAAAGGAUUUGCAGAUCAUGGCUGUAUAUUAGAGAUCAGGGACGUAAAGUUUUUUCCUGAUGGACGCUCAGUUGUUGAUACAGUUGGUGUCCGUCGUUUUAGGGUCUUAAGCCAUGGCCAGCGAGAUGGAUAUAACACAGCAAACAUCGAGUAUCUUGAAGAUAAAAAGGUUGAAGGACCAGAAUAUGAAGAACUUGUCCGCCUUCAUGAUUCAGUUUAUGAUCAAGCUGUUGCCUGGUUUACUUCUCUUAAAGACAAUAUGAAAGUGCAAAUUCUCAAUCAUUUUGGAUCUAUGCCAGGAAAAGAAUCAGAGCCACAGAGCAACCCCAGUGGUCCUGCCUGGUACUGGUGGCUCUUGGCAGUGUUGCCUCUGGAAAAUAGAGCUCAGCUGGCUAUAUUGGCUAUGACCUCCCUGAAGGAUCGUCUGAUCGCCAUCAGACGCGUAUUGAUAUUUGUGACUCGCAAAAGACCCAGAUAACAUGGACUUAUGUUGUGAGUGGGCACCAAAAAACAUCUCAUGACAGGUUGUUCUGGGGGAGGGCAAAGGGGGAGGGGUUGUUUUUUGUAUUUUUUAAAGAUUCCUUCAAGAAGGAACAGCCCUUUCUGACUGCGUCCUGCAUCCAUUUAUUACAUCGGUUUGUUACCUGGGUAUUCACCAAACCUUGCAAACUCUCCUGUUGUCCUGGUGAAAACUGAGCCUCUACAGAGCUGUGCUACAUUUAGAAUGUAGCUGCUGGAUGUGGAUAAUUGCUUCAAAGUACUUUGAUAGAGUUGAUGUUUCUAGCCAAGAGAGUUAAGUACUAGAGUAGUGCCAUUGGCCUGCAUGUGAUCUGGAUUUUCACUCAGUAAGAAGAGGAAACUGGACAGUGGAUUGAAGAGGUGUUUCCUAGACUUUCUUGAAGGUAGUGAACAGAAGAGGAGUUACGCUGCCUAGCAGAAGUAUGCACGAGGACUAUAAGCAGCAGUACUCUCUGUUAGUGAAUUGGAAGGCAGUCUGUCAUACACCCACAUCUCCCUCCCUCUUUCUCUUCAGCAAAUAACAAUCUGAGGAAAAAACAGGUUAAGCCAUUUGUAGUCAAGGCAUCUGAGGAUGUUUAUCUGAAAGAAUAAUAGCUACUGAAUAAGCACACGAUUUGGUAGCCUUAGGUAAUCCCUCCUUUGUGAUUUAUGUGUUGUAGCAGAAUGAGUAUAUACAAAAUGUUUGGAAAGAUGUACUUUGGUUUCUUUGAAGAGAAAACCCAAAGUAAUCCUAGCUGGUCUUACUGCUAAAUUCAAACCAAGCCGCUCCCUAAAGUAUGCUAAACACUGCUGUGAAAUAAUGAUUUCACCCCAAGUAUGAGGGAGGCAUGCUGCAGUUUGUUCUGAACACCUGCUCUGCGAGUGGAACCAGUGAGGAUGAAAGGUGGGGAGGUUUCCAUCUCCCUCCUUCCUGCAGUGUCAUGCCAACCUCCCAUUACGUUGGGGUGGUCUCUACUGAACAUGUUUCAAACCCAAAAGUAUUGUAGUUUAGUACCAGUUACUGUAGGUGAUGGAAAUGAGUCCGCAGUAACACCGUGAAAGGAGUCACAAACCGAACCUAUAAAGGCAAGUCUCAAUGCAAGCUUCAGUCAGGUGUUAACCUUCAUUUGUCUCUUUGAUUAUUUUUUAAUGUAUUGUUUUGUUAAUAUCUAACUUUGAUAGCUAUUAAAUUGAUCACUUGUCAGUCAAAUGAUCAACAUUUGCUCAACUGCCAAUGAAAUAACUCAGUGUUACCAAUUCAAUUGGCAUAGUUUCCUAUAACUAGAACUGAUACUACCAACAGGGAAAAAAAGUUGACUUGAAUCUCCAUGUGCUGCAAGCAUAGCAAGACCAAUGUAAAGACUUGUUCAUGUGCAGAAGUCUGGUAAGAAGUGGCUGCUUACCUAAACGGUCAAAGUGCCUGGUUUCUUUUUUAGUUCUUUUCUCCUUAUUUGUCAAUGAAGAGGUAUUUAAACUUUUUUUUCCACUUUGUACAUGAAUUCUGGAAGAAGACUGCAUGAAAAUGAGGUGAUUGGGAUAUAUUACCUGCUCUCUUUGGGUAUUGUAGUUAUAACCUCUGUGGUCUGGGAAACAAAAAUGCAGUUUUUUUUCCUUUCAGCAAAUGGCUACCACAAAUGGUUUCUGUAACAUACCCUGAAUGUACUGUAACUGCCUCUACCUUGAACACGCCUUUUCUAUUUAAGUAGUUUGUAAGUAUAUUCUCUGAAGUGUGACGUGCAUAAUGUACAACCAAUGAUGUCAUAACCUCUACAGUAGCCUUCUGCAAGUUCUGCUACCACCACCAAAAUACUCAAAAUUCAAGUUGAAUGCAUUUCCUCCAGGAUUUGAAGAUGAUAAAGAGAAAUUUGCUGAAGUAUAAAGGAAUUGUUGUAUUCAUGGGGAGGAAAUGUCAAAGUCAGUAGGUCUUCAGCCCACUGUCAGCUGAGCUACUGAAGGGUGAUUUCACAAACUAAUUCUCAGACCAGAAAAUGGACUGUAUUUGAUCUUGCAAUCCUUUCUGUUCAGCUUCCUGUUCUUCCCAUUCCUUUCCGUGCUGUGUAUUUCUUCAAGACUCACUCAUCUUGCUUGUUUGUGUGUCUGGCCUAGUUUUGAGUAUUACUAGUUAAGCUGGAAGAGGAUGCUGAUGGUAUUUGUAUAUUGCUGGUCCCUGAUCUUAUAUGUGCUUAAUUUUACAGAUAGUGCAUUUAAGAAAAAAAAUAUCAAGGUGCUAGUUAGUGUCUUCUUGGCUUUGCCUCAGUAAAUGUUAAUGUUAAUAUUCUUCUCUGCAAAAGUGAUUUUUUCAAGGUAUCUACUUUUGAGGUACUUCUGACAGAAAACCCUAUGAAAUGAGAGGUUGUUUACUGCUAUUUUGUAGUGUGUAAAGACAUUCUACAUGGGAAGUGACAUUACUGUGUUCAUGAAGGCCCGCAUAGUUAAUGGAGUGAUUGUUAUUGAAAAGAAAGCUGAACUGUAGAGGGAUUUUUUUUUAGUCAAGGUUUAAAGCAGUUUGUGAAUAUUUCAGUGACUGAUGUUUUGGAUAAAUGAUAACAACAAAGGAAUUGUCUGUGUAUGGAUGCAAAUAAUCAUAUUAGCAGCCCAAAGCUGACAUUUCUUCCAAAACGUUGAAUGCUGAUCAAAUAGCAAAGCUUUAAUAAAUAAAUAAAAUCACCACUGCCCUGUGGUACUUGCUUUCUAAGGGAAAGUACCAGUUUUCAUUUUUACCAAAUCACCUCUGCCAUAUAAUAUCUGCAGCAUCCAGUAGUACCUCACAGGAAAAGCUGUCUCAUUGCUCUCUAGAGGAAAUGUCCACAUUACAGCCAGUCUGCGCUUAGGUGUAACUUGUUGCCAAGGUACAUGUUGGAAGCAUUGGAGCUGAGCUCCUGGAAGGGAUAGACAGGAUUUGUUGCCUUUCUAGCUCAUUACACUUUUCUUGCUUGCUGUCCAAGCAAGGAUGCUGGGAUAUAUGAUGCGUCUUUUCACUGUGGUGAAUGUGGCCCUUCUUUAUACAUCGUAAAGAGGCCAAAAAGAAAAAAAAAUCCCUCUACCUCUACACCUGUUGUUCACCUGUAAAAUUUCAAGCUACAAAAUGAUAUAUAUAUUUUAACCUUUUUUGUCUUUCAGAAGCAUACUAAUUGUUUGCCACUGAGGCCUUUUAUCUACUGUAUUUUAAUAUGUUCAUUUGAUAGUCAUCGAGAUCUCUUUGUACUUCUAACCUGUAGAACUUGUCAUGUUUCUUACUGCUCCUUUUUCCUUGUUCUCCAGUCCACUUUUAAAUUGAUAAAUAGAAAGCUGUACACUCUAUUCCUGUUACAUUUUACACUAGUGGAACUGGUAUUUUGGUAGCGCCUUAAUUUUGCAGUUGUGAAAUGAUUGUAUCAACUCUUAUCUGGGGCUUCUGACCAGAUGUAAAUGAGUAUGUUUAAUGUAGAUAAACUUGAAACCAUUUUUUACUGUUUUAAAGCUAGAAAUGAAAUGGAGUGUGUACAUAUGUAUAAAUAUAAAUUAUUAAUCUGCACCUUUUUGUAUCUAGUAAAUACAGGAGAAGUUCAUGUUCUAACCACAUUUGGCACUUCUUGUUGCAUAAAAAAAGCCAAAACUUUUUUUAAAAAUUGCAGUGUUCAUUUCAUGUGUAUUUGCAAUAUUCAUGGGAAAUGUGUUUAAUUUAUGUGAUAUUUGGAAUAAACCAGGUUGAAUUUA